AUGUCCGACGACUCUGACGACUCUGACAGUUCCAUCGACCUUUAUGGCUUCGACUCGGACAGCAGUGCUAGGAACAUCGUUACCGAUGACGACAGCGACGACGACUCAGCUGUGGGCUUUGACGAUCGGGAGAGCGACGACGACACGCUGGACGAGCUCAACUAUCGACGGCACCCAAUGUACCGCGAGGAUGCGCGAUUCGGCUAUGUCGGCAUUCUUCACGAGCGCGAUCCCGCGACAGACCCGUUGUGGAACAGCAUCCGCGAGGCCGGCUUCGACCCGGAGGAGUGGGUGAUUUCCAUGCUAAAGUGCCAGCGACCGGUCCCGACCCAGCUGAAGCAGGGCUCUGCUGCUGCUGCUGCUGCUGCACCCGAGGCUGCCUCAUCACAGUUAGAGCAGGCUCCCACGCCAUGGGCGCUCGCAGUCGCAGAAGCGGCCAAAGCAGGCGUGCGGCCUGGCGCAUCCUGCUCCAUCUCAGAAGCGACGACCGCGCGUGCAUCGUCCAGCUCGGGCUCCAGCUCCGGCGUCGAGACGGCCGAUUCCAAUCGAGCCCCUCUGUCUUUUUGGUGGGACAUUUUUGAUGGAUCUGAAGACUUUCCCCUGGAUGGCUUUAUCCAAAACCACCCAGUGAACCGAGAGCCCGACUUUAAUCCACUGGACGCGAGCCCCGAGUUUAACUGGGCAGUUGGGCGUCGUCUGCUUCCUUCGUUCGUGGCAUCCAAGUCGGCCGAGCGUGUGCGCUUCUCGCAUCGAGGAGUCGCCAUCGACACCAAGUCCCGAUUUGUACGUCGCUGUCUGCGGCGUGCCGAGCGCAACGCUUCGAGCAUUUUCAUGGUCGAUGAAGCCACAGCAACCUCGUGCUCAAUCAACCAGUCCAACAUCGACCGUCUCACGUUUCAUGGAGACCUGCUGCGCGACCCGACACUGCAGAUGGACUUGGUUGCGACUGGUGUGCCUCUGAGCGCGAAACUCUACUGGGGUGACUCAGGUCCCUAUUUCGCUUCAUUCCCCAGCGGGACUGGCAGUGAACAGACUGGCUGGGUAAUGCACUCGCGCCGCUACACUCGGUACUGGGAUGACAUUGAGAGCCCGCUCAUGACUGGCUCCAUCAUGGAGCUGUUUGACGCGCUGGAGUCGCUUCGCAUUGGUCGGUACUGCGAUGGAGACUACCAUACGCUGUCCACAGCCUUGAACGGGAAUUACAUGAACUGCGACGAAUUUUAUCCCCCCUCGGCUGUGUGGGUUAUGCUCCUCCGAUAUUGGAUUGUCGUCGAGCGUGUACGACCACCGCAAGACGUCAUUGAUCACUGCGCCACGACCAGCAUUGACAUGCUUCGGUACUGUUUAACUCACCACUACGAGGACAUGCACGGUCUUCGCGAGGAACUGCUGGCGUGGUGGCUGAAGAAACACGUCAAUCGCCGCAGACUGAAUGCCUGGAAUUGUGUCACGCUCGUCUUGGAGUGGUUGUACCCCGAGCGCAAGCCUGCGUCGUACGACUGUGUGCAUCCGCCACGGCCCACGGGUCCGACGGUUUACGACAAGUUUGGCGUGACCGAGGAGGCUGAAGAAGUCGUUUGCGGUGUUCCUUUUGGGUACUAUGCCGAUUGGUUCAAGGAGGCGGCGGGGUGGGAUAUGGCACCUGUGCUCGAGUGGCUACCUGAACUUGGCCAGCAGAACUUCAUUGACAGACCGACACUGCUUUCGUACUUUGCCUGCUUUCGGUUCUAG